AUGGACAUGGACUCGGAACUGCUACAUGCUUUCGCAGCCCAUUCAAGCGGUGAAUGGGCGGGUUGGCGUUGUGAAUUCUCAGCCGAAGGCAGGCAUGUGCCAGUUCCAGAGCGCUUUGUGCCACCCGAAAUGUUGGACUGGGGAGCAGAGCUCACACGGGUCUCGGUGGACCGCUUCGAGCGGGCCCUUCAUGUCUCUGGAUCUGCUGACACGUAUGCUUUGGAUGUUUUGGAAGCUGGGAAGUGCAGCCUUGAGACCAUUUUUGCCACUUCCAGCCCUCCUGGCAAAGACGACAAAACCAACUGCAGAGACACCUACAGGACCCUGGCUCGCCGGAUUCGUGUUGAGACAACAGUGGGGAGCGAAGGAGGGACGUGGCGGCUUACGGCUUUGCAGAUGUCCGUGGAGCGAAAAUGGCAUGUAGAUGGCUUCUCUUUGGAUGUUUCGCCCAUUGUGGACACAGUUGACGGUGGACGCAUCACACCCUCAGGCCUGAGCCUCGACGAGAUUCACUCGGCUGUCGCAUCCGACUGCUUUGAGGUGUCGGGUGUUGGCAUGGGGGAGGAUGGGCGGUUGCGCCUACCCUUGGGAGUAUCGGUAAUGUGUGGGGAGACAUGGCUAGAGGUCGCCUUCAAAGACAAAACAGGGAUGGAGCGCAUCUUGCGAAGAUUCGUCAUGUUUCGACUUCUAGCUGCAGGCACCUCGGAGUUGCGUGAAAACGAGCUGCAAGCAGAGUCAGAGAUCAGCAGAGCGAGAGACCGAGCCUGGGAGCCUUGGCACCUUGGCCACUUCGCAGCACCUCCAGCUUGCGCCGAAGGCUUUGCAUUCAGAGCCUUUUGGAAGUGGUUGGCACAGGAAGCUUGUCCAUUCGUGGCCAGGGAUGAGCAGCUUCGCAACAUCUUGUAUUCGAGUGGUUCAAAUGCCGUGCAAAGCGCGUAUGAGCCAGCAGUUCUCCGGCAAACCGCGUGGAUGGAAGCGGCCGCCGUCGAAAAUCUCGAAGCCUCUGCCUCGGUGGACCCGACGUCGACCAUCGGCCGAGAAAGAGCUUCCAAGAAAAAUGUCAAAAUAACUGGCAGUUUCCUACGAGCUUCCAGUGAAAAUCUCGCACAUCGACAUUGGGCUCGGCUUCAAGCUGUUGUUCAAAGCUAUUGGUUGGCAAAUUUCAUGGCUGCCUUGAUACUCAUCGAUGCGUACUGCACGAUGGUAGACAUUGAUGCAACGGCUGAGCGGACGACCCCGCCACAGAUCUUCGCCUUUAUCUCAGACUUUUGCUUGGUAGUUUACACCCUUGAAGUCGCUGCGCUGACUGCUUGUUUUGGUUGGAGAAUGUUUCUGAGCGAUGGUAUGAUGAUUUUGGACGUUGUGAUCGUCGGAUGUGGCUGGGCGGAGAAGCUCAUCUCCUCACUGGCUGACGGGGCCCUCGGCUUCCGCACGGCAGUGCUGCGAGCCCUGAUGGUAGAGGUGGUCAAUCCGCAUGUGCAAGAGAUGCACAGGGACCCCAACCUAGAUGUGUUUAACGACUGCCAUCCGCAAUGCACGAGGGCGGUGUCAUCCGUGAUGUAUGCCAAUCUGCUGCUGUUCAAGACAGUGAUUGCUGGCGAUAGCUGGGGUGAGAUAGCUGUUCCAGUGAUCCAGGAGCAUCCAGCGACGGCCGUGAUUUUCAUCGGCUCUUCACUGACAUUGGUCUUUGGAGUUCUGAAUCUUAUUGUUGCGGUUGUUGUUGACACCUUCGCCGACGCCCGGCUCAACGAUGUCCAGAACUUGGCCGAGGAGAUGGAAGAUGAAAUCGAACAUGACAGAAAGGCCUUGGGCAAGCUGUUUGCGAGAAUCGACAAGGAUGGGAGUGGGCAGCUCUCUCUACAGGAACUCAUUGAAGGAGCACGGCACGACUCGGGCUUUCAAAGCCGCCUGCGAGUUAUGGACAUCGAUGAGCAAGACUUAGAGCAGCUCUUCCACAUGAUCGACAUAGAUCAGUCCGGAACAAUCGAGGUGGCUGAGUUCAUUGGUCCUCUCAGCAGGUGGGCGCAUGAUUCAAAGACUGCUCCCCGCUUCAUCAAGUACAACAUGAUACAAACGAUGCAUCUCCAAGAAGAUCUCUAUGAUCUUUCCGUGGAGUGCUUUCAGCAGUUGGCUGCAAGGGUUGAAGACUUGUCGGUUCAAGUCCGCAUGCUAAAGCAGGGCAAUCCCAAGGGCCAUGUGGGCCAGGGCCACGAGCAAGAGCUCAGUCAUGACGGCGAAUCUGGUGAGGUGCAAAAGUCGGACUCACUCGUGUCCGAGUCUCCGACAGAGGAUCUGCAAGAGUGUCAGUCCCGCCUC